AUUUUUUUGUUCAUCUCACACACUAUCGUCGACUGGUUCGUGCUCGUAACAGCGAGAAUCGCCCAGCAGUUGAAAAAUUUUCCUUGUACUUUCCGUAACAACAAAGCGAGAAAACAUCUGCCGACAACAUGUCCGCCUAUAAGAUGGAGACCGCACCAUUCGAUCCACGUUUCCCCAACCAGAACGUGACCCGCUAUUGCUAUCAAUCCUAUUUGGACUUUCAUCGUUGCCAGAAGAAGCGCGGCGAGAAUUUUGCCCCAUGCAACUACUUCAAGAAGGUCUACAAGACGAUGUGCCCCAAUGCCUGGGUCGAGAAGUGGGAUGAUCAGCGCGAGAGCGGCACAUUCCCUGGCCGCAUCUAAGCCCACAUCCCACACAUCUAGCAUUCAAUACAACAACAACCAAACAACAACAACAAAUACAACAACAACAACAACAACAGCGACUAAAUUAUGCUAGUUAAUAUCGUUUAGGGCAGGCAAAUUAACAAAUAUAAACAAAAAUUGUUACAAUCCAAAACAAAAAAAACCUGGUCGGUCGUUUGUUUCUUCUUCUUCUGUACAUCGCCACACCCACACACACCCACGCACACACACACACACCACACACACGAAUGUUCAACAGGAGUCGAGCGCUAAGCUAUAUUAAACUAUGUUCUUUGGUCUUUAGAUAAUACACAACAACAACAACAACAGGAAA